ACACAAACGACCACAAGAUGUCUAUCGCACCCAUAAUCACCUUCAAAGCUGGCAGAUGUGCUCUGGACACAUCCAGCAAGCCAUACAAAGUCACUCCAGAUCCUACACCUGGCUAUAUUUACCUCUACUCCGAAGAUGAACUCAUCCACUUCUGCUGGCGCGAACGAAAUAAGCCCAUGACCGAUCCAGACAACGUUGAUCUCGUUAUGUUCCCCACAGACGGACACUUCGAGCCCUACGAAUACAAGACCUCUCAGCAAGCUACCUCCAAGACAAACGGCCGUAUCUUCGCCCUAAAGUUCUCUUCUUCUUCACGCCGAGAUCUGUUCUGGUUGCAAUCAAAGCCCCAAGCCCGAAAUGGCGACCCAGCAUGGUUCAGUCCGCGGGACUUGAAGAUUGGUCAGAUUGUUGAUACCCUAUUGCAGGGCGAUGAAGUCAACGUUUCGGAGGAAAUCGCACAAGUGCAAGGUGGAACUGGCGGAGACGAUGACGAUGAGACCAUGGAGGACGUUGAAGGCCACGGCGACCCAGCAGAACACCACCGAGGGGGCAGCGGUGGCGCUGGACCAGAUGCUACGGGAGGAGAUAUCAGAGAGGAAGGGUCUGGCGCACGCGAAGGCGGAGCUGAUGGUGGACGAGCUGCCGGUUCAGGACCAACAGAUGCUGCUACAGUCGUUCAGAAUUUCCUCAACUCGUUGAAGGCAGGUGGACAAGCCGGAAUGCAACAACAGGCUCAAGGUCAAAUAUAUACAACUUUACCGGAUCUCCUCCCUACGUCCAUCACAGUCCCAACAAUCGACUCUGCCACCCCAGCACAGAUCGACAACCUUCUUAGCUAUCUCCCUCCUACUAUACUUCUCAUCGCCCAGGAAUCUGCUGCAUCAAUCGACGGAAUGGUAGAACCAAGUGCUGAAUCUGCAUCAGCAGCCAUCGAAGCUCUUAGUAUUGGCCAGAAAAAAUCCAUUUUGAAGAAGGUUCUAAGAAGUCCUCAAUUCCACCAAAGUUUAGGAAGCUUGACGAUGGCAAUCCGAGAUGGUGGCUUGCCAAGCAUUGCUGAGGCGUUGGGUGUCAAGUUAGAGCAUGGAGGAUUGGUUCGUGGCGGCAGUGUUCCACUUGGUGGAGGAGAUGCUGUCGAGGCUUUCAUCGAGGGUGUGAAGAAGACAGUUGAGAAGAAGUAGACUGGAUUGCCAGGUCACAAGUGACCAGUUUGUGACAAGGGACUGGGACACGUAUCAUAUUAGAACUAGAAGCGCGUCCAGACUUCAAAAGUGUACA